CCGGAGCUGGGGAGAGCAGGCCCAAAAAAGUCCUCAAGUCCUCGAGUCCCCCACACGAGAACCCCACUUCACUGUAACCGGCAGCCAGCAUGGGUCGAGGGCGUGGAGCCGAAAAUGGUGGGAAAAGGAAAAGAAAAAAGGAUCAGGAUUUGGACGAGUUGAAGAAAGAGGUGUCUUUGGAUGACCACAAAACCCCCCCGGAGGAACUGGCCAUCCGAUACGGCCUCGACCUCGCUCAGGGCCUGACCAGGGCUAAAGCCGCAGAGGUUCUGGCUCGAGAUGGGCCCAAUGCGCUGACCCCGCCCCCCACCACCCCCGAGUGGGUAAAGUUCUGCCGACAGCUGUUCGGGGGCUUCUCCAUCCUGCUGUGGAUCGGAGCCAUCCUCUGCUUCUUCGCCUACAGCAUCCAGGUCGGCACUGAGGACGAGCCAGUCAAUGACAAUUUGUACCUGGGCGUGGUUCUUGCGGCUGUGGUCAUCAUCACUGGGUGCUUCUCCUACUUCCAGGAGGCCAAGAGCUCUCGCAUCAUGGACUCCUUCAAGAAGAUGGUUCCUCAGCAAGCCCUGGUGAUCCGUGAGGGUGAGAAGAUGCAGAUCAACGCCGAGCUGGUGGUGCAGGGAGACCUGGUGGAGAUCAAGGGAGGGGACAGGAUCCCAGCCGACCUCAGGGUUGUGUCCUCCAGCGGCUGCAAGGUGGAUAACUCCUCCCUGACGGGGGAGUCGGAGCCUCAGACCCGUUCUCCAGACUUCACCCAUGAGAACCCUCUGGAGACGAGGAACAUCUGCUUCUUCUCCACCAACUGUGUGGAGGGUACGGCCCAUGGUAUUGUGAUUGCGACCGGUGACCGCACGGUAAUGGGGCGCAUUGCUACGCUGGCCUCAGAGCUGGAGGUGCGGAGGACACCCAUAAACAUCGAGAUCGAGCACUUCAUUCACAUCAUCACCGGAGUGGCCGUGUUCCUGGGAGUGUCCUUCUUCGUCCUGUCCCUCAUCCUCGGAUACACCUGGCUCGAGGCCGUCAUUUUCCUCAUUGGAAUCAUCGUUGCUAACGUUCCUGAGGGGCUGCUGGCCACUGUCACUGUGUGUCUAACGCUCACGGCCAAACGCAUGGCCAAGAAGAACUGUCUGGUGAAGAACCUGGAGGCUGUGGAGACGCUGGGCUCCACCUCCACCAUCUGCUCCGACAAGACCGGCACCCUCACCCAAAACCGCAUGACUGUCUCCCAUAUGUGGUUCGACAACAUGGUGCACGAGGCGGAUACCACUGAAGACCAGAGCAGGUCGGGCUUUGACAAGACCUCUGCUACCUGGGCAUCGCUGUCCCGUGUGGCCGGACUGUGCAACCGCGCCGUCUUCAAAGCGGAUCAGGAUCACGUUCCCAUCCCCAUGCGUGACACGGCCGGAGACGCUUCGGAGUCGGCUCUGCUCAAAUGUAUCGAGGUUUGCUGCGGCAGUGUGUCCGAGAUGAGGAACCGAAACCCCAAAGUGGCCGAGAUCCCCUUCAAUUCCACCAACAAGUACCAGCUCUCCAUUCACGGGUGUGAGGAGACCCCUGCAGGACACAUUUUGGUCAUGAAGGGGGCGCCAGAGAGGAUCCUGGACAGAUGCUCCACCAUCAUGUUCAACGGACAGGAAGUGCCUCUGGACGACAUGUGGAGGGAGUCGUUCCAAAACGCUUAUCUGGAACUGGGCGGCCUGGGAGAGAGAGUGCUCGGUUUCUGCCACCUCCUCCUCCCUUCCUCUCAGUUCCCUCGUGGCUUCUCCUUUGACACUGAUGAUGUAAACUUCCCCAUCGAGGGGCUGUGCUUUCUGGGGCUGAUCUCGAUGAUCGACCCCCCGCGUGCCGCCGUCCCGGACGCUGUGGGCAAGUGUCGCUCCGCUGGCAUCAAGGUGAUCAUGGUGACUGGAGACCACCCGAUCACAGCCAAAGCCAUCGCUAAAGGAGUGGGCAUCAUCUCCGAGGGCAACGAGACGGUGGAGGACAUCGCCGAGAGACUCAACAUCUCCCUGAGCGAAGUCAACCCCAGGGAUGCCAAGGCGUGUGUGGUGCACGGGGCCGACCUGAAGGACAUGAGCUCGGAGUACCUGGACGACCUGCUGAAGAACCACACUGAGAUCGUGUUUGCUCGGACGUCACCCCAACAGAAACUCAUCAUCGUGGAGGGCUGCCAGAGACAGGGAGCCAUUGUGGCGGUGACUGGAGACGGCGUUAAUGACUCUCCGGCUCUGAAGAAGGCGGACAUCGGCGUCGCCAUGGGGAUCACCGGCUCAGAUGUGUCCAAACAGGCCGCGGACAUGAUCCUGCUUGAUGACAACUUUGCCUCCAUCGUCACCGGGGUUGAGGAGGGGCGUCUCAUCUUUGAUAAUCUGAAGAAGUCCAUCGCCUACACUCUGACCAGCAACAUCCCAGAGAUCUCUCCUUUCCUCCUCUUCAUCAUCGCUAGUGUCCCGCUGCCUCUGGGAACAGUCACCAUCCUCUGCAUCGACUUGGGGACAGACAUGGUCCCUGCCAUCUCUCUGGCCUAUGAGACCGCAGAGAGUGACAUCAUGAAGCGCCAGCCCCGAAACCCCAAAACGGACAAACUGGUGAACGAGAGGCUUAUCAGUAUGGCAUACGGGCAGAUCGGCAUGAUCCAGGCGCUGGCCGGUUUCUUCACAUACUUUGUGAUUCUGGCGGAGAACGGUUUCCUCCCGAGCAGUCUGGUGGGCGUCAGGAUCCAAUGGGACGACCGGGAAGUUAACGACCUGGAGGACUCCUAUGGACAACAGUGGACGUACGAGCAGAGGAAGAUCGUGGAGUUCACCUGUCACACGGCCUUCUUCAGCAGCAUCGUCAUUGUGCAGUGGGCCGACGUCAUCAUCUGUAAGACCAGGAGGAACUCUCUUUACCAGCAGGGCAUGAGAAACCGUAUCCUGAUCUUCGGGCUGUUUGUGGAGACGGCUCUGGCUGCCUUCUUGUCUUACUGCCCCGGGAUGGACGUGGCUCUGCGCAUGUACCCGCUCAAGAUCUUGUGGUGGUUCUGCGCUUUGCCGUACAGCCUCCUCAUCUUCAUUUACGAUGAAGUGCGCAAAUACAUCCUGAGGAGGUGCCCCGGAGGUUGGGUGGAGCAAGAAACAUAUUAUUAGCCUGGUGGUGUUUUGACCUCCUCCACGGCGAGCCUGUACGAGCAGGAGAAGUGCAUGAAUCACUUGUUUUAUUGUAGAAAAUACUAGACUUGAAUCUUUCGUCGGUACAUUAUGAUCUGUCCACUGUGAUGCAAAGUGGACACAUUCACAGAGAAACAUGAAAAUAGACUGUUUGCAAAAUGAAAUGUCUAGAAUAAAUGUGUUGACA